CCCUCCUCGCCAUAGGAAAAAACAAACACACACACACAGAGACACACACACACACACACACACAAGCCCCAUUCAUCCACCAAAGAGGUAGAAUUUAGCGAAUGGCGUGCAUCAACAUGUUCAACCCGGACCACCAGGGCCUGUGCCCGCCGCCGCUGCCGCCGAUCAGCCCGCGAAUUUCCUUCUCCAGUGACUUUGCGGUGGAACCGCCGCCUUCGAACCGGGCGCCGGCAGGGCCGGCCGAUCCGGACUUCGAAUUCUCCGUCGGCAGCCACCCGAUGAUGGCCGCCGACCAGCUCUUCUUCAAGGGCCGGAUCCUCCCCCUCAAGGAGAGCCCGCAAAGCGGAUCCAUGGCUCCGAGGCCGAUGACGACGCUGCGCGAGGAGCUGCAGGCCCACGACGACGACUGCCGGCCCGGCCCCAAGGGCUCCGUCCGCUGGAAGGAGCUCCUCGGGUUCAAGAAGCCGGCCCAUCAUUCCACGCUGUACAAGAAGGGCGGUGCCAGCGUGCCCGAGAAUUAUCCUGCCAAGUACAUCGAGGAGGAGGUACCAAGUGAUGGAGGGAUGUGAGAACGAAGGUGCCAUGACAAGAACAUGGCACAUGAUACUCAGUUAAGUUAGCAAUGAAAGGACAAGGCAUAGUAAUGGUGGUAGUGAUGCUUCCUUUUUGUUGUUCAUCAUCUACUUGUUGAUGUUUGUAUGUGGUUGGAGGAAGUGAAUGGGGUGUGUAGGGACUGGAACUAAAGGGAAAGCUCUCUCUCUCUCUCUCUUUCUUUUUUUUUCUUUUUUGGAGUUAAGGAUGCUUGGAUGUUGGUAGAUGGUGGUACUAUUAACUCUCUCUCUCUCUCUCUCUCUCUCUCUCUCUGUAAUGAAGACCAAUUAAUUGUAUUUUUCCCACAGGGUGGAUUUUGUAUUUGAGCUUCUUCCCAUGUGGUUUCUCCUCCUCAUAUAAUUAAUGCAAUAAUGAUAGUAAUAAUUAUACUGGUUGGGGCUGGGAAA